CGGCAGCGACUAUGGGCGGUGAGAGCUUGCUCCUGCUGCAGUUGCGGUCAUCAUGACCACGCCCGCCUCCCGCAGACCAUGUUCCAUGUUUCUUUUAGGUAUAUCUUUGGAAUUCCUCCCCUGAUCCUUGUUCUGUUGCCAGUAACAUCAUCUGAUUGUGAUAUUGAAGGUAAAGACGGCAGAGAGUAUCAGCACGUUCUAAUGAUCAGCAUCAAUGACUUGGACACUAUGAUAAAAAAUCGUACCAAUUGCCCGAAUAAUGAACCUAAAGUUUUAAAAAAACAUGCAUGUGAUGAUAAUAAGGAAGGUAUGUUUUUAUAUCGUGCUGCUCGCAAGUUGAAGCAGUUUGUUAAAGUGAAUAACAGUGAGGAUUUUAAUCUCCACUUAUCAAGAGUUUCACAGGGCACAUUACAAUUGUUGAACUGUACCCCCAAGGAAGGAAUAAAACUACUUUCCCUGGGUGAAGUCCAACCCACUAAAAAUUUGGAAGACAAUAAAUCUGUAAAGGAACAGAGAAAACAGAAGAGCUUGUGUUCCCUAGGGAUACUACUACAAAAGAUAAAAACUUGUUGGAAUAAAAUUUUGAGGGGCUCCAAAGAACAUUGAAAAAUAUGGAGUGGCAAUAUAAAGACAUAUGAACUUCAGUUGUAUCCUUCAAGAAUCUA